GGCAAAAAAGAUUUCGCGCGAAAACCCUGGGAUCCUUGUUUAGACGUAGAUCAGCUGGGACAAUAACAACAAUAACUGUCGACAACGGGGUCCGGACGGCGCUAUUAUAAAUGGACCGCGGUCGAUGGAACUAAGCGAACGACCAGUAGUCGUUUUAGAGGAUGCGCGAGUAUUUUGCCGCUUUAUUUCCUCAUGUUUCCAGUUUUGUCGGACUGCUUCCUGCGUGCCCUAACAAAACGAGGGGGCUGAAGAACUACGGCUAAUAACUCAGCUAGCAUGCUAAUCUGCCCUAUAUUUUCAUAUUCAGUCUAAUUCAUAUGUUAUCUGCUGAACUAACUGUGGCUUUGAUGUGUGCGUGGUUAAACGUGCUUUAGUACUAUGAUGAUGCCCUCUGCACAGUAGAUAUUUUAUUUCUAUAGCUUACUCUUGGAAGCCGCGAUAAAGUUUUUAUACCAUUUUAACCGAGCUCUAUUUCAGCCUUAAGGGUACAUACUGUUGUUUUAUAGCUUCGUGUAGCUAGUUUGACAGCGGCACGGGGUUGUUUGGUAACUUGCGUCGGUCUUUGUUGUUGGGACACAAGCUAACUCGUUAGCAGUGUCGGUAGCUGUCUCGAGGACAGUGUGGCCAGGCCUCGCGGCUGUACUGUACCAACAGGAGAGAUGAAAACAAAAGAUUAGCCAGCUCCUUUGCUAGCUCGCUAAUUUUAAGCAUAAAUUGCGUCCGCGGCUAAUCGCCGUUUGCUAAAAUACCAGUGGUUGAGCCUGAAGGCGCAGAGCUGUUAUUCGUGUAGCAAUGUUAUUGUACUUGCUAAAUUCCCUGUUUGGUAGAACACCCCGUCUUCCUGUGUCGCCAUAAUUUUGGACCGUUGCUUGCUGUAAUUAUCACUUAGUUAUAAAGUAAUACUGUUGGAGAAUAUGUGCACUGUGGCUUGUUUGUAAACCAUAACCUAAACAGGCAAGGUAGAUAUUUAACAAGAAAAUGUUGGAGCUGGUUAUGAACCAGUGCAAGCAAACAUUCAGGAGGUUUCACCACCGUUCAAUGCAGUACAGUAAAUCCAAGACAGUAAAUGCAAGUAAAUAUUGAGACCUUGUGGAACUACAGCAUCUUAUAUUGUGACCCCUCAUCACCCACAAAGUCCAGUCAAGGGGCACACAGAGAGACCCUGCAAUGUCAGAGACUCUUAUAACCGGACAGACAUCGGAGGAUCUGUUGGCAGACUUUGAGACGUUGCUGAACUCUGGGACUAUUGAUCUGGGCGAGGACCACCAGAUAGUGAUCAUCACCAGCCCCAGCAAUGAGGCGCUCCACCCGGCUGUCGCCCCAACCACCACGGGGGAGGUCCUGCUUUUUGUCACCCCGCAGGGUCCUGAGGAUGCGGGCGAGCAAAACAAGAGACGACCGGCUCUGGGAAGACCUCCGGUGAAAAGAAAGUUGGACCUAGAUAGUGACCAUCAGUAUGUCAGCACCACUCGACUGUCAACAGGCCAAGCCCCAUCCUCCACACCAGCCCCUCCCAGAGUUCCUCGAUCCACAACUGAGAAGUCUCGUUAUGACACUUCACUGAACCUGACCACCAAGCGCUUUUUGAACCUGUUGUCCCAGUCACCCGAUGGUGUGGUGGAUCUGAACUGGGCCUCACAAGUUCUAGAUGUCCAGAAGAGGCGCAUCUAUGACAUAACUAAUGUCCUUGAGGGAAUUCAGCUCAUCUCCAAGAAGUCCAAGAACAACAUCCAAUGGCUUGGUAACAGAAUUGAUGCAACAUUGGUUGCUCGCCAUAAAGAGUUGCAGAGGGAGGUGUGUGACCUCACAGAAGCUGAGGAGCAGCUGGAUGAACUCAUUUCCAAGUGCAACCUGCAGCUCCGUCUGCUCACAGAGGAACCGCAGAACAAGAAGCUGGGAUUCGUGCGCUGCCAGGACUUGAGGAAGGCAUUUGAUAAUCCUGACCAGCUGGUCAUGGUGAUCAGAGCUCCACCAGAGACCCAGAUGCAAGUGUCUGAACCCAGUGAGGGCUACCAGGUGUCGCUGAAGAGCACCCGCGGCGCAAUCGACGUCUUCCUCUUCCCAGAUGAGAGCCCCGGGGUCUGCAGCCCUGUGACUGGAAGUAGUCCAUCUAAACCCGACAGCAGUUCUCCCCUGGUGUCGUCUCCAACACAACCCAGGGACCAACCUCAGCCCAGAACGCCCGUCGCUGCCGCGGAUGUGGGUUUAUCAUCGCCGGCGUCCACGUCGUCCACAGUGACAGCAGCCUCCCAGCAGGACCCCUCAUCUCUGGUGUUAGGUGGUGACGCAGAAUCACUCCUGGAAGGGGACCCGUUCUCCGGCCUGGGCGACAUGGCCGACUUUAACUUCUCACCCCUCUCCUCGUCGGACUUCCUGAACGGGGAGGUCCCCGCGUUAGACGGUUUCAUCAACCUGUCCCCACCUCACAGUCACGACUACCACUUUGGACUGGAGGACCAUGAAGGCAUCAGUGAACUUUUCGAUUGUGACUUUGGAGAUCUGUCUCAGGUGUUGGGAUCCAGUUAGAUGGAAAAAAAAUCAUGAAAGGAUGAUUAUGUUAAACUAAUUAUCUUCAAUGUUGGUUUGUCUGAUUUCUUUGUGUAAUUGUGGAUAAUGGAAAAAUGUUGACGUGGUUAUCGUCCAAAGUACCACAUCAACUAGUCCCCAAAAUUGUACAGCACAUUAUUAGCACUUCUCUUUGGCCAUUUAAAAACUUUUAGACCAAGACUUUAGCUUUAGUACAGCUAUUUAAAUUAUUUAUAUGAAUGUUAUUUUCAUAUGGACUUUGUUCUUGUUAUUGUUGAUGUUUUAUCCAAGUGGGGCGUUUAGGUGUUUGCAGUGUGGAUGCCUGGUCUUCGUAACACUUACUCGCGUACGUGCUACAACUCAUACAGGUCUUUUCAGUCUGAUGUGUUUGAGCUGCUUUAACAGCACCUAAAUCAAAAGUCGCUUUCUCGGAAGCAUCUUUGCGUAUUUUUCUACAAGGGGAAACAAACGUAAAAGGCUUAAAUAAUUUAUCUAAAACACUGGAAUACUGAAAACUGGAUCUGGACCUCAAACGGCCCUGUAACUAAAAGUAACAUGCUAAAAAACACAAAUGAUGUUAUUAUAAUUAAGGACGUAGAUGCUUUUGGGGAGCCGGACUCUUCUCCAGUCUAAGGGGGUCAUCGCCAGAGUAAUUAGUCCUUUAGGUGUUUGUUAAUGCAGGUGCACAAAAGCCAUUUCAGAAAGUCUUAACGCAGACAAAAUAAUGUGGUUGAAGGAAAACCGAGCAGUGGAUGUGGUUCUUGGUGUGUAGGAAACCAGGCGAUGAUAGACUGCUGCAGUUUUGCUGGCGGGUAAAAACUAAUACUGAACGUAUUCUCUAUUAGUUAGCUAGGCGUUUAGCCAUAGUCUCAGGUGUUUAAAGCCUUAAGUUAAUGUUAUUUCGAUGCAAACAUGAGUGUGAGAGUUUCAGGUGUGUCUUGUAGGUGACGGUCGACAAGUGUUAUGAUUAGAAAGUGCUCGAAAGACUGAGGAGGUAUUUUUUUCAGUGAAGGGUUGAGGUGAAGGAGGUUUGACAGAUGAGACCCCACUUCCUGACAGCGACUCUGUCUCCUAGAAAUGAAGUUCCACCACAGCUUUGCAGGUCUUUGCGUUGCAGGUUGUGCCCGUGAUUGAGGCUUGAUGAACACGUUUGGUUGUUUUCUCUAUCUUUAAUCUGCUUCAUGUGCCUAAACGCAGAAACAAAAGUCGUCUGGGAAAAAAAAUGUGCUCGUAUGUUCAGUGUUUGUGAACCAGGCUGUCAACAUAGUUUUACCAGCGGUCAUGUUUCUUCCCACAAAGACAUAUUUGUGUUUGCACAUUAGUAAUAUGCAGCCAUUAUUCUUUGGAGGCAGGGUUGAUGGCACGCCGUUGAAGUUGCUCUUUUGCAUCUUUUCUACAUCAUUCACAGACAAACACGGCCUUAAAGUCACCUCAGCUUUUUUUGAACCUUUGCAGAGGAGACUUUAAAUGUUCAUGCACUUAUGCAGUGAAAGGAGUUCAUGCCUUAAAUCAGUGACUGCAGGAGCCUCGGCCUCGCUGGGAGCGUUUCCUCCUCGUUUUCUACCUUCCGUCUCGCUUCAGACUUUAUCUUCACUACUAUGUGGCGUGGUUGCGUUUUUGUAGAAACCACGUUUGUUUCCAGUCGAAAUAAGCAGCAAUAAUGAGCGUUUUCGCAUCAUGUACUCGUACGAGAUGAAAGCCUGUCCUGCGAUGUGGUGUCUAAUGUUAUAGUUAGAAAACGUCACAGACAUUUUAUAUUUUUGUUUAGGUGACGUGUUUUGGCAAAUCUGAAGUCUGGGGUUUUAAUGUUUAAAGUGUGUGGUUUGUGUGUGGAAAAUAUUUUGUUUUGGUAAAUUUUGUAUUUAUUUUUUACAAAGUAUGGGUUUAAUAGAAGAAAGGUACACAAUAAUUUUAUCAGGAAGGGACGUGCAUGGUGUUUCUUGGUAAAUGUUUCCUUUUUAUUAGUCAAGAAGACAUUCGUUUUUAAUUGGAAACAUACAAAUAGAUGUUGCCCUUUUCCCCCAUGUAGGAAAUAUUUCCUUGUGCAACCUUUAGUAUAGAAUUAUAGCGUUGAAAUAUUUUUUAAAGAGAUUCAGUUGAUUUGUUUCAGCUGAGCUCACCACUGUGUAAACAAACAUUUCUCCAUGUUGGAGGCAGACAUUGCUUUUCCAAGGUUGCACCUUUAAUAUUUGGUCGUCUUUGUAACUACAGUCACUUUCUGGUUCGUUCGUCACCUUAAUGUUCUUUUGUAAUGUUUCUAAACUUUUUCCCAGUCAAAGGUAAAGCUUCAUCUACCUGACCCCCAGAACGUAUCAGGUUUGUCUGUCUGUGCAUUUACCUUUUCAUCAUCAGCUGAUCUGAUCUGGUCAUUCUGUGAAAUUUAGCAUAUUCUUUCUCUGCAGGACGAAUGCAGUGCCUUGUUGAGGUUAAUAUUAAUUCAGAUUAUUGAAAUCAAGAUUUCCUCUUGAAAACUCUGUGUAUGUUUUUUGUGGAAUCUCAUUUGGGAAGAAGCUCAUUUGAAAGUUUACCUGUCACUUUGAGUUGAAGCGUAAAAUAACGUCUGUUUCUAGAUAUUUGGACUUAUAGGAAUCAAAGCAUUCGUAAAUAUGGGUGUAAGGAUUUAAUCAUUACAUUUGAAACGAGCUAUGUAAAUGCAGCACUAUCAGAAUUUUAAUAAAAUGUGUUUUUCAUGUGCUCAAGUGUUGUUCCCAAAAUUGUCUAACAGUAAAAUGUCCUGUGUCUGAUAUAUGGAACCCUAAUUAAGUUAGGGUUCGGUGCAUUGUGCAUUAAGGGAAACUGUGGCUUCUUCAGUAACUGAACAUCCUUUUGUUGUACAUUCUUCAAACAACACAGGUUUGUACUGACUUACAGGUGUCCCUCAUCACGGCCUUUUGUAUCGGACUCUUUCAAAAAUUAAAGUUAAGUGUUUGGAUCAA